AUGGCACUGUCGCCAGAAUCCAGUACAGGCUCUGCACAUGCGGAUUCAGGUAUCAUGGUAACUAUUGCGACCACAUCACCUCGUCAUUCGCCUUACUCCCAUUCCAGGGAAAGCGACGAUAGCGCCAAGGAAGAUGAUCACCCUGACCCGGCCUGUGAUGCGUCAGCCAACCCCAAUCCAAAUAUAUGCAGGACUGUAAUUCUGAACGGCGUGCCCAUCGCUUCGUUGGUUAUUGACAGGGCGGAGCGUUUAUGUUUGGCUCAGAUAUCUAACACUUUACUCAAAGGGUAUAGCUACAAUGAAAUACACAACAGACGCGUGGCUCUCGGAAUCACCUGUGUGCAAUGUACCCCAGUACAACUUGAAAUUCUCCGCAGGGCCGGGGCGAUGCCAAUCUCGUCAAGGCGAUGUGGAAUGAUCACCAAAAGAGAGGCAGAACGUCUUUGCAAAUCUUUUCUAGAGGAAACCACGCCUCCCAAGCUUCCAGAAAACUUCGCCUUUGAUGUGGAGCAUUUUUGUGCCUGGGGUUGCCGGGGUAGCUUUAUACCAUCUCGCUACAACAGCAGCCGCGCCAAAUGCAUCAAGUGUGCAUAUUGCAACAUGUAUUUUUCCCCAAACAAGUUCAUAUUUCACUCACACCGCACACCGACUUCAAAAUACAACCACCCGGAUGCAGCUAACUUCAACUCGUGGCGCCGGCAUAUACAACUGACCGGUAAACACUCUGACGAACUGAUGCAUGCCUGGGAGGACGUGAAAGCAAUGUUCAACGGGGGGAGCAGAAAGCGAGCGCUGAGCGGACCCCAACACCAUCAUCACCACCAAUCACAUGCUUCAUCUUCGUCAUCGUCGAUCACCUCUUUUGAUUUCGGGUUGAACAGCUCCCAGCCCGAGAAGAGGACCCGGUUAGACUAUGACCAGCAAACCAUGCGAAAUAACGCAAUAUCACGCCCAUUCAGCUACCCUCUGAUACCAGUACCUAACAAAUCGUAUGCGAUGCAAGGAGACACCAUCAUGCCAAAGAAAUCGGACAUGGCCGCGGCAACGUCCCCCUCUUCUUAUCCUGCCAUGGACUUAAUAGCUAAAAAGCAUCUAUCGCCGACUUCGUUAAAACGCGGGUUUUCUGAUAUGAUGUGGGGCGGGACGAAGGAAGUGUACCCUAUGAACAACCCGUGGACAAAGACAUUCGGAAUGGGAAUCGGAAGUUAUUAUCCGGCGCCGAUCACAAACGGCGGCAUGCCGUCAUACAAGGGACAGACAUACCCCAUGCACCAAGCCACAGAAAGAAACAAGCUACUAUCGCCACAGCUCGCAUCGCCUCUGUCGGACGAUGUCGACCUCAACAGGCGAGAAGAUGAUGAGAAAUUUAACCCCUGGGACUUGGAAAUGAGGAAGAAACACGCUGAAAAGGGUGAUAAAGUAGGUGACAGUGGGGAGAGCAGCAACAGGAAGGUUACCAAAGAACAGCAGGACGCACAAUAUGUAUCUGCUUUUCGACCCGUUAACCGAAAUCACUCGUCAGACAAACUACUCGUUCAAUCUAAAGAGCUCGCUCUCCAAGACGGGAAUGACCAGUCGCCAAACUAUAAUACAGUCCGUGAUAACGAUGAGAACAUCAGACCAGACCUAUCUGACGACAACUUGAGUGACGACGAUGACGUCGAAGACGAAGAAGACAACCACGGCCACAACAACAGCAGCGAUAUUGACAUUGUGGAUGAUGUUUACAAAAUGUCGACACCGAUCGAAAUAUCACUGCAUAAAACCAACAACAACAACAUCAACAACAACGACAACAAUCGCCCUGGUGAAGCUGAGACAAACGAAAACGACGACGAAGCUACCCAGCACCAUGGCGAAGAAAUGGAACACUUGAUCAUGAAUGAAAAUGAGAAGAAAUCGCCAAAUUCUGUGAAAUGUCCGACCGAAGUAGCACCAGUAUCGUUAUCGAUCACAAAACUCCGGCAUUCCCCUGUGAUUGGACAGGUUUCACGACCCUUCUGCGAUGUGACGUCACACUGUUCAUCCACUGGGCCUCUGUCAGGUGUACGUGUCAAGACUCCGCUGGGUAGAAGCGGGAGCACACCAAAACAAGAAUCCGAGGCCGGAGACGGGCUUCAGCAAACUCAUGUUCACACUGCAGUUAUUCCACCAACGGACCUUGUCUCAAACCAGGACAGGGAUUCGCCCUCACCGGAUUGUCUGAACCACAGCAGUGAAAUUGACAGGCACAUCGAUAUCCGAUCUUUUCAAAGUAAAUGCUCCUCAGAAAAAGACAUGACUUCAAUGGACAAAGGCGAGCUAGAAAACGCACUGCGAAGACAAAUUCAGCUUAGGAAGAAAUUUGAGCAAGAGUGUCAGCACCUAAAAGAUACCUUUCAAAAUCAAGUGAAAAGAGAGCUGGCUUAUCGAGAGGAGAUGGCUCACCAGUUGCAAAGAGUCCGAGAUACACUGUGCCACGAGCUCGAUCAAGAACGGAAAGCUCGAUUGGCUAUCCAACAAAAACUGAAAGGAGACGAAAUGGCAUUGGCUCAACACCUUCGAAAGUCAUCGCAGUCAGUGACUGACCGCUCCGAUAUCGACCGUACCUUCGCCUACUGGAGGCUGGCUAUGUUCGGUGCCCCGUGCUUACCCACGCAGCACUGGAGAGCUAUGGUACCAAUGAGAAUGAACGGCGACGCGAGCACGGAUCAUCCGUCAGAACUCAACCUAUCUUCUUCCGAGAACAGAAUAUCAACAGCCAGAACAAUGGAACUAUACGGGAACACAAGACGGACGUCUACAAUAUAAUACGACUGAAUGCAUCAUAGCAACAGAAAUAAUCAGAUUCGUUUGAUUUCUUCGCGAAUCCGAGAUAGAGAGUUCGGCGUCAUCUGCCACGUGGUUUCAAAAUGCGCAUGCUCAGUUUGUUAAACCGCUUUUCUCGAAAAUUGGGGGGAAAAGACCGACUGAUGUAACACUGAGUUGGAUUUAAUGUACAUAUAUUCUCCGUGUUUAUUUUUCGAUGUUUUUAUGAAGUGCAAUAUUUAUCUUAUAUUUAUACAUAUGGAAUCUGAUAUAUAUUUUCUGAUAGUACGAAGUGCGCAUGCCCAGUAACUAUGCCGUCUGAACAUGUAUUGUAUAUGAGUAGAUGUUUUAUUUUUUAUUGCGUAAUAGUUCAGCAUUGAGUGUAAAUAUAUGUUGUUGUACUACGACGCCAAGUGUUGCAAGAAUAUUCUAUCAUACAGAAUAAUAAAAAACAGAAUUUCAUAGCCUUUUUCUCAAAAUCAAAAUUCUGUUUUUUAUUAUUCUGUAUGAUAGAAUAUUUUUGCACUUGGCGCGCCGUAGCUGUACUUUGAUUCAGCUUGUAAGAUUUUAAAGUUUCCGGUGUUCGGAGGUGGAAACAUAAGCAGUUACUCACGUGUGCUUAGAGCAAUGUCUGUAAGAUUGGUUAAUUGCGAAGAUCACGUUUUUUUUUAUAGUUGUGCCAAAGUCUUUUUAUAUCUUUCAAUAAAGAGGAUCUAUGUUUCACUAUUGCCUGUCCGAAUGUCAUAUUGACCAAUCGCCCAGUCUAUAUGCCCCUGCUAUGCAAGGAGUGGGUUGUUCGUGCCUCUGGCAUGAGAAUCCAACGAAUUAUAGUUCGGACAGACUCACAGAGAAUCUUAAGUGACUUGGGAUGCAUGAGCCCAAUUUAAUUUAAAAACACUUGCGGUGACAUCUACUUGAAAUGUAUUAUAUUCUGAAGAAGAGUAGUAUGUGUAUUAUAUUAUUUAUUUCAAUAAAAUAUAUGUUUCUCUCGUAA